AUUCCUUAACCAAAGUACCCAACAAAAAGAGAAGAAAAAAACACAAGAGAAACAAACAUAAAGUAACAUGAGAUCUCUCUUACUAGCCUUGUUCCUAGUUCUUGCUUUCCACCGUGGUGAAGCAGCCGUGUCUUGCAACGCAGUGGUUGGAGAUCUUUACCCUUGUCUCUCCUACGUGGUUCAAGGCGGUAACGUCCCAGCGAACUGCUGCAACGGCAUCAGAACGCUCAACAGUCAGGCCCAAACCCCUGUGGACCGUCAGGGCGUUUGCCGUUGCAUCAAAAAUGCUAUCGGAGGAGUCUCUUUCUCUUCUAACAACGUCAACAAUGCUCAGUCUCUGCCUGCUAAGUGUGGUGUGAAUCUCCCUUACAGUAUCAGCCCUUCCACCAACUGCGACAGUAUCAACUGAGAGAAAGAAGACAAGGAAGCUACUACUAUUACUACAAGAACUAAGAAGUCAGUAAUAAAUUAGAACGUAUGGUUUGCUACUAGCUACGUUAAUGUGUGAUGUAUCGUCACUUCUAUGUUCUUGAGAGUUAUAAUAAAUUAUCAACAUGCAUUUCCUUAUGAUAUGAGACCAAAUUAAACUA